UGAAUUCAGGCCCAUCCAAUCUCACAACACAAAAGGCGAAGCCCAAUUUCAAGAAUCGGUCCUUGUGCAUCGGUGAAGAAUGAAAGGGAAGAGAGUUAACCAAACCCUCUAAAAACCCUCAAUUUUAAAAAAACAGAGAAACAUCCCUCCGGUAGAUAGAGGGAAAAAAAGAGAGAGCGCACAACAAUGUCAGGAUUCAAUUUCUCAUCAUCUUCAUCCACUCAAUCCUCCUCAUCAUCUGGAUCCUCCGCUUCUCCAUUUGGAUCUGCAACGACUGGUUCUGGUGGUUUCUCAUUCGGAUCCUCCGCUUUCUCUUUUUCAUCUGCAAACCCUAGCUCCUCCUCCUCUCCAUCAUUCCUAAAUGCUUCCUCAAACUCUAACCCUAACUCCGCUUCUUCAUUUGGUUUCGGAUCCUCCUCCUCCACCUUCUCGUUUGGUUCCGUUCCUGCUACCUCCAGUUCUACGCAAUCUUUCUUUGGCUCUACGCCUAUUUCCAACUCGUCGCCAUGGGCAGCAGCUGCUUCUUCUGCAAGUUCUGCUCCAUCAUCGACUACUUCUGCUCCUUCUGUAUUAUUUGGGAAUAUUACUUCUGCGGCAAGUUCUGCUUCUCCUUUGCCUGCUUCAACGAUGACAUCUGUAGCAGCAUCGCCGAAUCUAUUUAGUACACCUUCCUCAUCGGCGAGUACUGGUGCUUCAUUGUUUAGCGGAACUGCAUCUUCACCGUUGUUUGGAACAGGCGCUUCUUCAUCCCUUUUUGGAACUCCUUCGUCAGGAGCUAGUUCUGCUUCUCCUCUGUUUGGCUCAACAACAUCUACGGCAAGUCCUGCCCCAUCCUUCUUUGGAACAACUUCAUCUGCUCCGUCCUUGUUUGGAGCAACUUCCUCCGCUGCGAGUUCCGGCCCGUCCUUGUUUGGAGCAACUUCCUCCGCUGCGAAUCCCGCCCCGUCCUUGUUUGGAGCAUCAACUUCAUCUCCGUUUGGUACACCCUCAGGUUCAUCUCCCUUUGGAACAUCCUCAACUUCAUCUGUGUUUGGUACAUCCUCUUUAUCUCCGUUUGGCACAUCCUCAACUUCAUCUGCUGCAAGUUCAAGUUCACUCCUGUUUGGGACAUCUGGCGCUGCUUCAACUGCUGCUGCUACUACUACUACAUCUAACUUGUUUUCUGCCUCAAAUACCGCAUCAUCAUCAUCUUCUGCUUCAAGUCUUACAUCCUCCUCUAAUUUGUUUUCCUCUUCAAAUUCCAGCUCUGUUUCGCCUUUCUCCACCACUUCAUCAUCAUCAUCAUCUGGAUUUUCUUUCUCAAAAGGCAGUCCUAGUAUAAUAUCAACUACAGUUUCAGCUACAGCCCCUUCUCUUAUACAAUCUUCUUCAUCAACUACCACUACAGGCAGCUUUUCUUUUGGGACCGCAACCACCUCAGGCUUCUCAUUUGCCACUGCAUCCUCUCAACCCUUAUUCAGCUUUAGCAAUGUAGCUUCUUCCGCCAGCAUUACUACGAAACCAACAUCUCCGUCGCCCUUGUUUUCUACAGUUACAACCACAAGUGCUUCAUCUCCAGCUGCAAGUACUAAUGUGGCGCCGACUUCAUCUGCUACCACAGCUUCAACCUUUGCUCUACCUGCAUUUGGUGUUAAUUCGUCUUCUUCUUCAACUACUACAGCUACCACAGCUACGACAGUUACUCCUUCUGGUACUACAAGUUCGUUUACUGGUUCUGGAGUUGCCAGUACUGCUGCUUCAUCCGCGAGUGCUAGUUCCUUUACAGGAUUUUCCUUGUCAACAGCCAAAAUAUCAACGCCUCCCAGUUCAACAUCACAAUCUCAAUCAACCACUUCUGCGUCCUUAUUCAAUGUCACUGCGACAACUUCUGCUGCUCCUACAACUGCCAUCUCGAGUACUACUGCACCUCAUUCUCUUGCUGUGGCUUCCAGUAGUGGUGUUAGUGCUGCUGUAUCUGCUACACCAAAAUUACCAUCUGAGAUCACAGGGAAAACUGUUGAGGAGAUCAUCAAAGAGUGGAAUGCUGAGCUGCAAGAGCGUACUGGGAAAUUUAGGAAGCAAGCUGCUGCAAUAGCUGAAUGGGAUAAGAGGAUCUUGCACAAUCGUGAUGUUCUUCUCAGGUUGGAGAUUGAAGUGGCAAAAGUGGUUGAGACACAAGCUAACUUGGAACGACAACUGGAGUUGAUUGAGACCCAUCAACAGGAGGUUGAUAAGGCUGUACAGAGUAUGGAAGAGGAAGCUGAACGUAUAUACAAGGAUGAGCGAGGGUUGCUUCUUGAUGAUGAAGCUGCAUCAACACGAGAUGCAAUGUAUGAACAAGCUGAACUUGUAGAAAGGGAAUUGGAGCAGAUGACUCAACAGAUCAAAUCAGUAAUUGACACUCUAAAUGCUAGCCAGGGUGGUGAACUUGAUACAAUUGAUAGAAUGACUCCAUUGGAUGUGGUUGUCCGAAUCCUAAACAAUCAACUUAGUUCUUUGAUGUGGAUUGAUGAGAAGGCUGAGGAAUUCUCUUCGCGUAUUCAAAAGCUUGCUACCCAAGGUUCUGCAGCAGAUCGGGAGCUGAUGGGUCCAAAAUUUUGGAUGUCUUGAUCUUGAAUAUGCAUUUUUCUUCACAAGUUUGUUUUAACAAGUCUAUGAUAUAUGAUGAAGAUUAUCGGGAUGUUCUGCACAAGUUAUUCCGGUGUAACAGCAUUAAUGAAAGAAGGAAUUCUCGAUUUA